GAAACCACAGAAAAACUUGGACGAAACAGACGGACCCGGAAUUGAACCGGCACCCUUCCGAAUGCUAAGCAAUGACCUGCAAAGCCGCUCGACGUUCAAACGCCUUUUAAACAUUUGUCCCCUCCCUAACAAAAUAUUGUAACCGAACAGCUCCGAAUUUCACCGAUCGCAAUUCCGAACGGUAGAAACGCGGUUAGUAGUACCUAGUAGGUAUCGAUAUAACAUGUGCUGAUGUUUGACGUCAUUGACGUUGUGGCUGUUAAUAGCAAUCUUCAAAAGGUUUUGGUUCGUUUUUUGAAAACUGAAAAGUGGUGUGCAUGUGAUGAUUUAUGUUCAGCACACGUAUGUGUUUUAACAAACUGUCAUAGAACAACAAGAAAAGUUUUGUGGUUAUGUUGUCGUACACACUUCACAUUUCUGAAAGAUUCUCGUUCGCCCUAAAUAUGAUUACAUUAAAAGAAUUACCGAGUAACAACAGUCCAGAGGAUGGCCGUGAAGAAUCUAAGGUGUUUCAAUGGCAAGAGAAAGUAUACAGUAAGUCUGAGCGCCUAUUCUACGAGAACUACGCAAAUUGUUUGUCGGACAGCGAUAGAAAACAUCACGACAAUGUUCAAAAACAAAAAGAUUACACGGGAUUGUUUUUCACUUAUGUUUCUGACGACAGUAUACCAGAAGAGUCUCCACUGAACAAUACAUGCGUAAAAAGUGACCUAGUUAACAAAAUGGAGACUUUGAAAUUAAUUAAUGAUAAUGGCUUUCAAAAUUAUAAAAACUACGAUUUUGAAACAAGUAUUCAAAAUGCAAUUAAUAAUCCAGUUGUUGGUCAUAAUUUCGAAAAGUACCAAAUAAUGGCCGAUUUUGGUCGUUAUAUCGACGAUAUAUGGAUUAAAAACGAGUUUAUUCUUUGUACGAUAAAGUAUGACAGGAAUAAUCAAAUAUUGGUAAUUAAUCCGGAUUUUUCGGAAGCAGAUCCGUACUUGCUAGAAUUUGAAGAUGAUAAGCAGUAUGCAUUUGUUUAUCGCGUAGAAGAUGUUUCGGAAAAUAUUAAGACCAGUCCUAGCACAACAGAAGAAGAAAUUUGUGAAAAGAUGAUACAAUAUCGACAUCUAAUAAGGAAACGUAAAAUUGGUACAGAUUUUGAGUUACCACCGCUUAACAAAAUGAGGGUAUUCAUAUUUCUUGAAAUACUGGCAGCAAAAGAUUUUGAAUACAACGACAUAUAUGUCGAAUACUUGAUUGAUUUACCGAAAAGAUGGUCCUGCAGUGAUAAUAAAUUGCUAACUGGUCGUACUCAGUCUUGUCAUUCUUAUUUAAAAGACAAUUUAUCAUUUUUUGGAUCUCCUUUCGAAAUAAUUUUGGAAUACAAUUUGGUUGAUUUUGAUGCCAUUUUAGAAGCACCCUGUAUAUACUUCGAGGUCGUUUCGAAAGACGGCUGGAACAGGUAUAGAACCGAAGGCUUGGCUUACCUGGUCUUGCCAGUCUCUCAACCAGGAAUUUACUCUUGCAAACUGAACUGUUUGCGAAUGAAAGGAGCUGGUCCGUUAUCAGAAUUAAGACGGUUCUUUAUUGGUGAUUACAGGGGAAAUGCAAACAUAGAGUGGAUAAAUAUACCAAAAGAUUAUGAGGAUACAAUUUUGAAUAAAUUUGGAUCCUACACUGUUGGUACUGGCCAACUGGAUGUUAGGUUCAAUAUCAUUAACCAAUCUCAAGCAUUUCUAGAUGAACUAGGACUAACUGACCCUCAAAACGCCAUUCUCGACAAGUUGAGGUGCUCCAGUUUAAUAAAAACCGUCGAGCAAGUGUUACAAAGUUUCAAGGAAGCGAAAAAGAAAAUGAUUGAGGCACGAAGAAAUGUUUGAAACCUUAAUUACUAUCA